AAGUGUGUCAGUGCGGUUAUCAGGGGACAGGCGCAUGUUUCCCUGCAUCUCGUGUUUCCUCCUUCUCUCCGCUGUUCAAACCUGUGAGAGGGAAACCGCUCGGUCCCACUCCGCUCCGCUCCGCGCUCCACGCCGCCUGUAGCCUCGCCACUGUCCGCUCCGGUCCUGGAGAAAACAGCCGCGUUAACGCAGUUUGUUUCUUUACGUAACCAGCGAGACCCAAAACUGCAGCAGAGUGCCAGUGCUGGUCCGAGAGAUGUCCUGCAUGCACAACAUGAGCACCUCGCCGCCCCACAGAGCAGAGUGAUCAAUGGCAACCUCAGUCCAGACUCUUCCUCUGACCCGUAGCCCCAACAAAAACUUCCGCGGCCCCUUCCCGGCCCCGCCCCUCUCCCCGCGUUGCGCCAUGGGAAGCGUAGGCAGUCUGGUGGAGAGGCCCGACGUGUCCCCGACCAAAGCCAGCCGAGCGGUUCCCCAGGUGAGACCCAAACAGAGCAACGGCCUCCUGAAGAAAGGCUUGACCCAGAGAGAGCUGCUCAACUACCUCAACAUCACCAGAAAAGAGCCUAAAGCAAGUCCAAGCAGCGACGGCAAGAAGGACAUUAUCACUGGCCUGAGCUCUGCCAGUGGCCGUGAAGAGGACAACGUUUAUGCCAAAGUCUACCAUAAAGACGGCACUGAAGUAGAUUUGACAAAGAACUCGCUGCCAAGUGGGGGCAAGUAUGAAAAGGCUCGUUUCAGGUCUUCAGCCUUCAAACCUGUCACCCCCAAAAACUUCAGCUCCAUGCAAAACCUCUAUCCGUCUUCCAAGUCAGAGGAUAUGGAUCAUGGCCUUUCUAACGGGCUGCACAGAGCCUAUGCUCAUGUUCCCAAAGCCGUUUCCACCUCCUCUUCUUCUUCCUCGCCCUCCCGACAUGGAGGACCAACGUCAAACGGUAACAAGGCUCUCUCCUCGGUGCGUGGGAUCAGCCAGGAGGACGAUAACCUGUCAGACUCGGGUCAUAACUCCAUGAGCAGCCUGCCGCCGUACCGGCCUCCAUUCCGCCCACACCUGGCUCACAUCAGUGCAUCCAUGGGCCACAUCAACACCAUCGGCUCCCUGGACCGCACCGCUCUGGGCCUGAAGGCCGUGGGGUCGGGGGGCGUCGCUAUAGGGGAGAUAGCGUGCCGAAGCAUGGCCACUCUGACCCGUCUGACUCCAUAUGGAGGAGAAGCUCCACCUCCUUAUGAAUGGACGCUGUCCCUCUCUGUGGAGGAAGUGGUGCGGGAUCUGGAGGAGCGCCUGGUGGAGAAAGAACACGAGCUCAAACAGAUGAAAAGGAACCUGGAUGAGAGUGAGGGCGCCAUCGCUCAGGUGUUCGAAGGGAAACAGCGUCUGUGGGAGCAGGAGGUGGAGGAGCUGAAGCGCCUGUAUGCCGCUAAGCUGAGGCAAGUUUCCCAGCAUGCCCAGCGGUCCCAACACAACUUGCAGUUGCAGCUGUUUAAGGUGCAGCAGGAGAAGAGCCGACUGCAAGAGGAGCUGGACAGCCUGAAAAGGGAAAUGAGUCAAGAGGCUGGAGCCAUGCCAAAGAGAACCAGUCCGACCCUGGAGGAGACGCAGUGGGAGGUUUGCCAGAAGUCAGGGGAGAUCUCUUUGUUGAAACAGCAGCUGAGGGACUCCCAGGCAGAGGUGACCCAGAAGCUGAGUGAGAUCUUCCAGCUGAAGACACAGCUCAGGGAAACCCGGACGGAGCUGCGCAGCAAAGAGGGCCAGAUAGAUGCCCUGAAGCUCGUCCUGCAGGGCACACAACGUCGCAGAUGUUCUCCUCAAACUGCACACGAAGAUGGAAAAGGAGCCGAAGAGAAUCCAUCAGGAGGGACAACAGGAGGUUGCGGGGGCUCCACAGAGGAGCGUCUCCGUGCAGAGCUGCUCCUGGAGCGGCGCCAGAGCGAGGCCCAGGCCAUGGCUUUUGAGGAAGAGAGGCACACAUGGCAGACAGAGAAGGACAAGGUCAUCCGCUACCAGAAGGAACUGCAGGCCAGCUACUUGGAGAUGUACCACCGCAGUGAAGCGCUCGAGAGGGAACUGCACCAGCUGAGGACGAGCAUGGAGCGAGGAGGAGUUGGAGGAGCAGCAUCAGCAGGAGGAGGAGGAGGAGGAGGAGGAGGAGGAAGCAGAACUGGGACGUUGGAACGAGAAGUGCCAGAGCUGAGGGGUGAGAGAGCAGCUGAAGAAGAGGAAGACACACAUUCGUCUGGUUUGCCGUGGAUAGACAGGAUUGAAUCAUCUGAAAUUUGAAUGUGACAGACUCUUUUGCAAUGCAAACUGUUUUCCUCCUGUACUGUGGCAUCUACGGAAGACCAGGUCUGCCAGGAAAUGAAAGAAUACAUGUAGUGCACCUUAAAAUGAUAAGAUAGUGUGUCAAAAUUAUGAGAUAAUAAGCAAAGACUUACAAUUUAUUCAACAGUAAGUGAAAAGAUUGCCUUCCUACGUCAACGUUAUGGAGAAAAAACUCACAAGUUAGUUACUAAGUCCAGAUUAUCAAACUGGAAAUCAAAUUCUUCACUUAAUAUGACGAAAGUAUGAGAUGGAAAAUUUGACCCCCAAAAAAUGAGAUGGUAAGUCUCAAAGAACAGCAAGUUUAAAAGGCUUUUUCUUACAAAAAAAUCUGGAAAGUAACAGCAUUUAUCUGAGCCAUAAACGAUAAAAACAGUAAGAAACGUCUGAUUUUCAGCUUUAAGAUGGUCUAGGGUUAGGUUAUUAAAAGUAAUCAUACUGACUUUGUGUGAAAAUAAACUCAAUCAAAGGGUGAAAUUGUGAUACGUCUUCAAAAUCAUUUUAUUCUACGUGUGUCACUUAAAAACUGGCCAAAAAUAAAAUAGUUUGCAUCAUCCAGAUUCUGUAAAAAAAACCACAGUAUUUUGUGCAACACAGAAGCCAUGAUUCACUUAGUGGUGACCAACUGCAGGCCGUAUUUACACAGAGCAACUACAAGACAAUUAUGAAGCAAAUGUAAAGCGUAGGCCGUAAAAUAUCUGAAUUAACAAGAGGGACCUCAACCUUUUUUCCACUAUUGGUGACGCCUGUGGUUACUUUGAAAAAUAUUGUGCCAUUUGUAUUGUAUUUCUUUCAAUUUUUGUAAAAUAAUCAAACAAAUAUUCAUCUUUUCUUUUUUAUAAUUUAUGGCAAUAGAACUUUUAUAUGCUGCACAGAAGGCGUGCUUGAGCUCUGUCCACUUUAGCUGUGGUGGUGCUGUUUCUGCAGAGGUGCAGGACUUCAUACUGCAAUGACAAAUGAGCCUACAAUGAGUGAAAAUACUCUAAUGAUUGAGUUACUAUAUAAAUAUGAUUAGAUAAAGUUGAAUGGAUUCUUAUCUCUACCAUAUCUGUUAUCUCAUAGUUUUGAUUCAGUAACUCAAUAUCAGUAACUUGCAGUGACACUAAGUAUAAUCUGUAUUUUUCAUGUAUUUUUCUUCUUUUCUUGGUGGAAAUAGGUUUCCAUAGAUUCCAGUUCCUUCCUGCUCGUGCACCCUUGGUGACUGUUUAAAGCCAUUCUCCUGCAAAGACUGGAUCUGUAACCUCCUACAGAACCCACUAAUCCUGAAGCUGUGUCUGCUCCCCAUCUGUCCUUUCAGUUCUGUACAAAAGCCACAGCCGGAGAACCUACAGUAGACUGCCCUGCUUAAGACCUCUGUCAAAUUCUAAACCUGUAAAUGAGCAAAUUGAUAUGCUAUGAUUGUGACUAUUUAGUGUUUAUUUGAGAGUUGCCUGGUUUUGGACUGCUGGGGAGUCUUGACGGUAACUAACGGGUUUAAAUGGAUUUAGUGAGGUCUGGUAACACCUCAGCAGGUGUUCGGUGUCUGCAGACAGAUCGCUGGGUUCAGACUUCACCUGGACUCUGGCAGGGAAAUCUGUGUCUCUGGGUUAAGUAUGGAGGAUUAACGCUAUCCGGUGCCAAGGCAACUGAUGCUACUUCUUUGCCAUUUUAAAAAACUGUGCAUCCUAAACUGGGAAUGUUAUUUUUCUCAUUCCAGUCAUGUUGAGAUCUAUAUAUAUAUAUAAAUAUAUUUUGUACAUAAGUGUAGUUUCUAUUUGACUGGCCUUUUGUCAUUGUAUUCCAAGCACACUGUUGUCUUAAAUGUGUAAACUCCCUCAUCUUCUGAUUGCAGCGAUUGCGAUCAAUAGAUGAUUAUGGCUGCCCUGCUUAUUGGUGCGAUUCGUUGCACAUACCUGGCCAAUAACAUCAAAUGCAUGCCACAGGUGAAAAGUUGUAUUGUUUAUUAUUAUUAAUAUAUAAACAUUCAAAAGCCAGCUCUCGAUUGACCUUUCAACAUACUGUGACUCUUGUCUAUUUACUGCAAUUAAAACUGUACAAUAUG